AUGGACAAAAUUUCUCCUCAUUCGCUCUCAAUGAAGAAUGAAUCUUCGUCUGUAGCUCCUCUUGGUGCUUCUACUCAAUCAAGAACCACUGCCCAAACGAUGACCUUCGUGGAACACCUUGUUACUGAACUCAUCAAUCCUAAUCUCCGCGAAAAUGCUCUUCGUGUGCUCUCCAAGAGGAAUGAGUUAUCUCGAGAACUUGCACCUUUAUUAUGGAAUUCUUUUGGUACUAUUGCAGUACUUUUACAGGAAAUAACUUCAAUAUAUUGUACUCUUUCACCACCGACCCUUACUCUAGGACAAUCAACUCGAGCGUGCAACGUUCUUGCACUACUUCAGUGUGUGGCAUCUCACUCUGAAACAAGGAUGUUGUUCCUGAAUGCUAGCAUACCUUUGUAUUUGUAUCCCUUCCUUAAAACAAAAGACAAGUCACCGCAGUUUGAGUAUUUAAGGCUUGCAAGUCUCGGAGUCAUUGGUGCCUUGGUGAAGGAUAACACAAAAGAAGUUUUGGGUUACCUUAUUUUAAGCGAGGUAAUUCCAUUGUGCUUGAGCAACAUGGAGAUCGGAAAUGAAAUAUCACAAACUGUUAGUUUCUCUAUUCUUAUUUUUUUAAAGAGUAUUUUGUUAUCUUGUUCUAAAUUUAAGUAG